ACUAAGGUCUUGUUUCAUUUUCUAAUCUAAAAGGUUAUCAAGCAGUCAUCACUUCCUUUUUCCAGCAAUACAGAAAUAGUUUCUAUCUUUCCAUUUAAUAGUGAGACCAGACCGUUUAUAGUUUCCAGUGCUGCAUUUGUCGGACUAUCAUGGAAGGUGUUUUCGGACUAUUACUGAUGCUACUCGGAGUAUCACAAGCAGUGGAAACUUUCUGUGAUGGCAGACAGGACGGAGCUCUGUGUUAUGGCGCUUUGGGUGGAAGUGUGGAACUCCAGCUGAUGGACAACGCCUCAGAAAUACCCAGAUACAAGUGGAGGAAGAAAACAUCAGUUACCAAAACCUACCAAAUGAUUCUUACAGGUCAAAAGAACAAGGUUAAAAAGAAUACUUUGAGAAGCAGAUCUGUUUUUAUUCCCAAUAAUGGAACGUUCAGGAUCAAUAACCUUAACAGCACUGACAGUGGUAAAUACACACUUGAGAUUUUUGAUUCAAAUGAACAUAAAAAUCGAAGUCAGAUUCUACAGUUGUUUAUAGAAGCUCCAGUGUCUUCUGUCCAACUUGUCUCUGAGUGUUUGCCUCAAGGACUAAUAAGGGCUUCAUGUCUUCCUGAGGGAGGGGACAGUCCUCAGUACAGCUGGACUCUGGAUGGACAUGCACUAGCAGAUUCUGAGCUCCUCUCUCGAGAUAAUGGCACAAACUUCAUUGUCCUGAGACAAAAUAUCUCUGGACGUUUGUCCUGCUCAGUCAAGAAUCAUAUCAGUCAUGUCUCCAGGGAUCAAAUUGUGUCUGUCUGUAAAGAAAUGAAAACUUACUGCGAUGGCAGACAGGAUGGAGCUCAGUGUUAUGGAUCCUUGGGGGCAACUGUGGUUCUCCAUCUAAUGGAUAGCUUUUUAGAAAUACCUAAAUAUGAAUGGAGACAUCAAAGCUUAACAAUCUUUAAGAGCAGAACGAACACAAUUUUUUCACAUUCCCUCCAGAGCAGAUAUCUGUUAAUGCCGAGUAAUGGUACAUUUACUAUAAAGAACCUUAUGAAGGCUGACAGUGGUAAAUAUACUCUGGAAACCUUUAACUCAGAUGGACGGAAAACAGGGCAGCGUACUCUUCAGCUGACUGUUCAAGCUCCUGUGUCCUCUGUCCAGCUGGUUACUGAGUGUCUGUCCACGUUAGAGCUGAAGGUGUCCUGUCCCAUAGUGGAAGGGGACAGUCCUCAGUACAGCUGGACUCUGGAUGGAAACACUCUGACAGAUUCUGAGCUCAUUUCUGGAAACAAUGGGACGAACAUCAUCAUUCUGAGGCAAAAUGUCUCAGGACGUCUCCUCUGCUCAGUCAGGAAUCACGUCAGUCUUGUCUCCAAAGGAGAAUUUAUUUCUCCUUGUAAAGACACUUCUCAGCUCAGAUGUGGUUUGAUGUUUGCUGCAGCCGUUCUUUCAUGUGCUGGGAUUGGCCUCUAUUUCAAAUGGAAGGAGACAAAAUAUAAGAAAAUGUUAAUCACGCCACAAAUAGAAGAGAAUCCAGAGGAUUUUCAAAUUAUUGAACAAAGUAAUUUGGCCGAUGUUUAAGUACUGCCCUUUGUAGUACUUAAGACUUUAUAGUGUUCUGUUAAACGUGUGACGAAUUUAGCAGCUGAGUUCAAAUGUGAGAAAACCCCCUGUCAGAAUAAGAAUAACUGCUCUAUUUUAACAAGAUAGAGCAGACACAUGACACUUGUCAUGUGUCUGUCAUGACAUUUAGCAUAAAAAAAUGUAAACUGGACCUGAUUCAAAAAUGUAUUAUUACUCAUGUUCCUUCAUGUUUGAGUUUGUUCAACUGAACUGUAUUAUUCAAAUUCUAUUUAUGAAAGAUGUUUUCUUGAUAUAGAGUAAUUCAUAGUUCAUAGGCAUUCAUAAGAUUUGCACUUUGAAUUUCUGCAUAUUUUUCCAACUUUAGAAAGUUUUCUAUGUGUC